AUGGGCACUGGAAGCAGGGCCUUGAGUGGACCAGGCCACACCCCCAUGCUCCAGGUGCCUGAGAAGAGGUGUAGCAUAGACUGUAAGAGGAGCCAGGCUGGCUCUGUGGCUGCCUUGGUUUCCCCCAGGGACCCUAACCCCUUUGGGGGAAUCAGAAACACCACACUGCACAGACAACCUUCACACUGGAUGGGGGAGCUGUAUCCCACAUAUCUACAAGCUGUAGGCCCCCUGACUUACCUGUCCUGCUGCGGCCUGACACUGCACCUCCAUGGCUGGGAGGACCAGCGCCUAUCUCAGGGAAUUGUUCCCAGCAGUGGUAUUUCUGGGCUUUAUGAAUUAUUUAUCAAUGUUAUUACGAAAUUGUUCAUUGCUUUCUGUCUCCUGAUUAUUCUCAUUGUAUUCCAGGAGCAAAUUUCUCGUUUCCCCUUAAAUACACCAAGUUCUCCUGGCUACUAUCAAGAUGGAGAUUUUGUUAUUGGAGGACUCUUUUCCCUGCAAGUGACUCAAGGAGAUACCAGAAGUAGAGUUGGCUUUGAUAGCACAACCUAUAUACCGGAUUAUGUUUAUAUAGAUCUCACCAAACAUUUCCAGCACAUGUUGGCCAUUGCUAUAGAAACAAUCAACAAGGACCCAAAUAUUCUAUUCAAUCUGUCCCUGGGAUUCUAUCUCUUCAAUGUCAAUUUCAUUGAGAUGAAGGCCAUGGAGAGUUCUGUGGCUUUGCUCUCAGGAGAGAGCCCCCCAAUCCCUAACUACACCUGCAGGCCUGAGAAGAGUGACAAGCUGGUUGCUGUGAUAGGAGGCAUCUCUACAGGAAUAUCAACACAGAUCUCCUGAGUCCUAAGUCUCUACAAUGUCCCUCAGAUCAGCUAUGCUCCUUAUGACCCCAGUCUUGGGGCCAGAGUCCAGUCCCAGCCUCCUUACCAGUUUUUUCCUGUGAACACCACAGCUCUGUAUCAGGAUAUUCAACUGCUGCUGUACUUUGAUUGGGUCUGGGUUGGCCUUGUAGUCCCAGAUGAUAUGAGGGGAGAACUAUUCCUUAGCGGCAUCACAGAAGAGAUGGCCAACCAUAGACUUUGUGUUGCAUUUGCAGAAAAAAUUCCAGAAUUUCCUGCUAAGGGCACAACAGACAGGCAACGUUUCAUGGAAAGAUUCACGUUGACAGAUGUCAUCAUUGUGUUUGGUGACACGUAUUCUCUUCUGAGGUUUAUCUAUAACAUCUUUUGCAAUAUUCCUCUUGGUAAUGUUUGGAUCACAACUUCAGAUUGGGAUAUCACCACGUUACCCUUCGGACAGAGUCUAAGUUAUACAGACUUUGGUGGAGGGUUAUCGUUUUCUGUUCCCAUGGAUGAAAUUCUGGGAUUCAAGGAUUUCCUCAGAGGUGUUCAACCUGGAAAAUACCCUCACAAUACCUUUAUCCAGGAUGUGUGGUCGAAAUUAUUUGAAUGUCCAUAUUUAGAUCAGAAUUUUGUCAGGAACCUGAGCCGGUGUGAACAAAACGGCACCUUGGCUACAAGAGCUCUGCAUGUUUGGGAUGUGAAGACCUCACCCCCGAGCUACAGAGUCCAUGCUGCUGUGUGCGCCAUUGUCCAGGCACUGCGAGAGGAGCUGUCACUCAGAGUGGAAGGAGACUCACUUGAUAAAGGUGCACCCCCUCCUCUCCCAUGGAAGCUCCACCCAUUCUUUAAAAAGGGCCAAUUUGGAAGAAACCCUGAUGAGGAGAACGUUGUAAAUCAGGAAGACUUGACAACCAAGCUUGACCUCUUUAAUUACCAGUCUCUGCAGAAUGGUUCCAAAGCCCAAGUGAAGGUUGGCGAGUUUGUCUUUGAAUCUCGAAGUGUUCACCAUUUUUCCCUAAAUGAUAAACUGAUAACUUGGGGUGAAUACUACAGCGAAACUCCUUUCUCUGUCUGCUGUCCAAGCUGUCUACUCGGAUUCAGAAAAACACCUACUGAAGGAAAACCAUAUUGCUGUUUUGAUUGCCUCCCUUGCCCAAAAGGAGAGAUUGCAAAUAAAACAGAUUUGGAUCAAUGCAUCAAGUGCCCUGAAUAUCAGUAUCCAAAUGAGCAGCAAAAUCAGUGUCUCCCUAAAAUUAACGUUGCCCAUGAAGAUGCUCUAGGAGUUGUUUUGGUCUCUCUGGCCAUUAGUUUAUCUGCCUUCUCAGCCCUGAUUUUAGGGUUAUUUAUCUGCUAUCGGGACACACCCAUUGUCAGAGCAAAUAACAGAAAUCUCGGUUACGUUCUGCUCAUUUCUCUAAUGUUCUGUUUCUCUUGCUCAUUGAUAUUCAUUGGCCAACCUAGAACAGUCACCUGUGUCUUGAGAUACGUGAUUUUUGGGGUUGUAUUUUCUGUUGCCGUCUCUGCUAUCUUAGCAAAAACCUUCACUGUGGUUGUGACCUUCAAAGCCAUCAAGCCAGGGAGCAAGUUACAAAUGUGGAUGGUGACUCAACUCUCCAACGCUGUAGUCUGCAGUGGUUCCCUCAUCCCAGUGUGCAUCUGUGCAGUCUGGCUGGGAACAUAUCCUCCUUUUCCUGACAUUGACAUACAGUCAGAGUUUGGGCUCAUCCUGAGGUGUAACGAGGGCUCCACCCUGGCCUUCUACUGUGUCCUGGGGUACUUGGGCUUUCUGGCAGUUCUCAGCUUGUUUAUUGCUUUUCUGGCCAGGAGGCUACCAGAUAGCUUCAAUGAGGCAAAAACAAUUACGUUCAGCAUGCUGGUCUUCUGCAGUGUGUGGAUUUCUUUCAUACCUGCUUACCUGAGCUCCAAAGGCAAAACCAUGGUGGCUGUGGAAAUUCUUUCAAUCCUGGCCUCCAGCGCUGGUUUAUUGGCCUGUAUAUGUCUUCCCAAGUGCUAUGUGAUCCUACUAAGGUCACAUGACCAGUCAAGAAAAAAGUUCUUUAAAAAACUUCCUUCUUAA